UGAUUAUGUAGUUUCUCAGCACAGCAAAUUAACCUUACCCGAGGUGGCAGCGCUGUGCAUUAAGCCCCUAGGGUGGUAACGUGACUCCCCCUGGCAUAUCAGCCCCUGUCCUCUAUUCUCGUCCACCACAUCGCCACAGAGGACGUCAAGAUCGCAUCCAUCUUCAACUAGAAAUGGUUUACAAACUAUAUCUGACCCAAGCAGCAAUCCUCCCCGAUUCCGUACGUAUCCGCAAGGAGUCAUUCAAAUGCGCUGGUGUGCAUGCUGGCUGAAGUGUACUCUAGUGAAUUUGGGAAAGGUCAUUUAAAGUGCAAGGUGAGUGCGCCGAGAAUGAUUUGUGACAAAGGAAAUAUCAUCAAGAGGCAACAACAGUAACUUCAGGGUUUCAUUGCGAAAGCGCCUUUACACAAGAGCACGGAAUAAUCAUGCCUGUACGAAGAGGUCAUGUUGCGCCACAAAAUACAUUUCUUGGAAUAAUAAUACGGAAAUUCGAGGGACAGAAUAGGAAAUUUGUCAUAGCCAAUGCCCGGGUGCAGAACUGUGCAAUCAUCUACUGUAAUGAUGGCUUCUGUGAGAUGACCGGCUACUCCAGAUCGGACGUUAUGCAGAAGCCGUGCACCUGUGAAUUCCUCCACGGCGAGCACACUGACACACAUGCCAUCAGCCAGGUGGCCCAGGCUCUGAUGGGCUCAGAGGAGCUCAAGGUGGAAAUCACAUAUCAUCGCAAAGAUGGGACGGACUUCCAGUGCUACACUCACAUAAUCCCGGUGAAGAACGAGGAAGGCGUAGUGAUGUUGUUCAUUCUAAACUUUGAUUACGUACUUGAGGAAGGAAGCAGCGACUCGACAGAGAAGCUGAAUCACUCAUCCCCGGAAAGAACUGAUUCCAGAAAGGGACGAUUCUUCAGAUUCCGCCAGGCUGCCUUGAGUCUGGUCUCCAACAAACAGUCUCUUCCACAAGAAGACCCAGAUGCCGUCAUGGUGGACUCCCUCUCCCCCAAACAGAACGAGGACUCAGUGGCUCUGACCAACUUCCAGUCGCCCCUGACCGAGGACAACUGCAGCCCCACCGAUGCCAACGACACACGGGCCCUCAUCAGCUCCAGCCACCAGUCCUCCCAGGCCAGUGUGCAUGAACCCGGACCCCUGGACCACUCCUCACCCAAGCAGCACCCGUGGGACAGGCUGUACCAGACGGAGGCGCACCAGUCCACCACCUGCCUGGCUCACACCAUCUCCAGAGGCAGCAUCAGCAGGAGCAGCAUGAGGCGAGCCUCCUCCGUCCACGACAUAGAAGGCUUCAGUAACUCCAAGAGCAUAUUCAGGGACCGACACGCGAGUGAAGACAAUGGUCGCUAUAUCAGAGGUCCGUUCAAUCAUCUCAAGUCCAGUUUGCUGGGCUCCACCUCUGAAUCCAACAUCAACAAGUACAGCACCAUCAACAAGAUCCCGCUGAUUGCGCUCAACUUCACGGAGCGGAAUAAUGACAAUAAGGCACACUCUCCCCCAUCGUCAGAAAACACUAUCAUAGCACCCAAGGUCAAGGACAGAACGCACAACGUCACUGAAAAAGUCACACAGGUACUGUCACUGGGUGCUGAUGUCCUUCCAGAAUACAAGCUCCAGACUCCACGCAUGGACAGAUUCACCAUCCUCCACUACAGCCCAUUCAAAGCUAUGUGGGACUGGCUCAUCCUGCUGCUGGUCAUCUAUACAGCCAUCCUCACACCCUACUCUGCUGCUUUCCUACUCAAUGACCGCGAGGAGCAAAUGAGGCGUGAGUGUGGAUACUCCUGCAAUCCCCUGAACGUGGUGGAUUUCAUGGUGGACAUCAUGUUCAUCGUUGACAUCGUUAUCAACUUCCGGACCACAUAUGUGAAUCUGAAUGAGGAAGUCGUCAGCCAGCCAGGGAAGAUCGCCAUUCACUAUUUCAAAGGCUGGUUCCUUAUAGACAUGGUGGCUGCAAUCCCCUUUGACCUGCUUAUCUUCGGUUCAGGAUCAGAUGAAACCACCACUCUGAUUGGCCUGUUGAAGACAGCCCGACUUCUGCGAUUGGUGCGUGUUGCCCGGAAACUGGACCGUUACUCUGAGUACGGAGCUGCUGUGCUCAUAUUACUCAUGUGCAUCUUUGCACUCAUCGCUCACUGGCUAGCCUGCAUAUGGUACGCCAUUGGCAAUGUGGAGAAGCCUUACCUGGAGCACAACAUUGGUUGGCUCGACAAUCUUGGGGUUUCCAUUGGCAAGAGGUAUAACUACAGUGACCCUAGCUCUGGGCCCUCCAUCAAGGACAAAUACGUCACAGCACUUUACUUCACGUUCAGCAGUCUAACCAGUGUGGGCUUUGGGAAUGUCUCCCCAAAUACCAACUCAGAAAAGAUCUUCUCUAUCUGUGUCAUGCUGAUCGGCUCCCUCAUGUAUGCCAGCAUCUUCGGUAACGUGUCAGCCAUCAUCCAGCGGCUAUACUCGGGCACGGCCAGGUACCACACCCAGAUGCUUCGGGUUCGAGAGUUCAUCCGCUUUCACCAGAUCCCCAACCCGCUAAAGCAGCGGCUGGAGGAGUACUUCCAACACUCCUGGACCUACACCAAUGGCAUCGACAUGAACACGGUGUUAAAAGGCUUCCCUGAGUGUCUGCAGGCAGAUAUCUGCCUCCACCUCAACCAGGCUCUGUUGGAGAGCUGCAAGGCCUUCCACGGAGCCACCAAGGGCUGCCUGAGAGCCCUGGCCAUGCGCUUCCAGACCACCCACGCUCCCCCAGGGGACACCCUGGUCCACAGCGGAGACGUCCUAACUGCACUUUACUUCCUGUCUCGGGGCUCCAUAGAAAUCCUGAAAGAUGACGUUGUGGUAGCCAUUCUGGGAAAGAAUGACAUCUUUGGAGAAAUGAUCCAUCUGUACGCCAAGCCUGGGAAGUCCAAUGCGGACGUCAGAGCCCUGAGUUACUGUGACCUACAUACCAUACAGAGAGAUGAUCUCUUAGAGGUGCUUGACAUGUACCCUGAGUUUGCAGAUUUCUUCCUGACAAAUCUGGAGCUGACGUUCAACCUCAGAGACGAGAAUGGCAAGGCCGCGUAUUCUCAUGCUAGUGACUCAGAUCCAGAGGAAGACGUUAAGAGCACAAAGAUCACAAGAAGGAUCUCCUUCACACCACAUCCAACUAAAGGGGGAAGCAACAAGGAAACAGAAAAUGAAUCCGGGAGGGAGAGGGAGUCCUACUCGUGCCUAAAGAGAACUUCAGUUGACCUGAAACACUCAGGGAAGGAGGAGCAGAGGUCCAUGGGGUCGGCCAUCCAGGGUUGUCCCUCGGUGGAAGACCUUGCACUGGGGCUCGAGUCCAAUCCCCCUGGAGACAUCAUGGAGAAAACUCCCUCUUAUGAUGAUAACAUUGAUCUGUGCAAUGACAAAUGGGCCUGCGAGAAGCCCCGAGACUACCUGGAUGAGUCAGCACAAUUGCAGGACCUGAGGGGCGAGGACGACGAUGCCAGUGAAAUCACAUACGGAGAGGUGGAGCAACGCUUAGAUCAGCUCCAAGAGCACUUGAACAGGCUGGAGUCCCAGAUGACAUCAGAUAUUCAGACCAUCCUGCAGCUCCUGCAGAAGCAGUCUACCCUGGGACCUCCUGCCUACAGCACUGUGACUGCUAGUCCAGACUAUCAAAGGCCAGCUGUUAGGGUCCAGCCAAUUGCUGCUUUGACCAGCAGCCAUUGCUUCAGCCAUUCAUCAUCACAAAGUCCUGAACUGAACUUGGAGAGGAGCCAUCAGGAAUCCAAAGACUUGCUGUCAGGCUUGGCUUACAUGGAUGAUUCACCCAUAGAGGACAGCCUUACGGUACUGCUUGUACAAAGACACACACAGAACAAACCCGCAGGACAUCAACAUUCCAAAUCUCUCUUUCUUCCUAUUGAGGACUCCUCUCCACUAUCAGACUCAUCAUCUCCCAACACAGGACUCCAUAGGCCAGUCUCAGACCCAGGACCUCCAAGGCCAUAGAGCAAGAUCUCUUAUUUUCUGUUUGCCUGUCUUCUCUGAAGUGUGACUCAGGGUUUCACUCACUAUUUAUUGCAUUGCAAUAUGUGAAGUAUCUUGUAGUUUUCCUCCUGAAAUGAUUUGCAUUAUUAAUGAUGUACAUGCACACCCUUGAUGUUACACUGCCAGCAACAAAGACACCAUACAUGAUUGUCCAGGUAGAUAGGCUGUGAAUGACAGAUUGUUUUCGUUGCAUGGUAGCUUUGAUUCAGACCUCUGACAGACAAGUGUGAUGUUGGUAGGUUUACAAGGCAGUACAUUUAUUUUCACCUUAGUAUGUAAAUUAUUUUGCACUGCUUAUUUGAACCAAAAGUAGCAUAUAAUAUACUGUAUGAUAACGGCAUUGUCCAUAUACUUCAGACUUUGUUUUAGAUUACAGUUUCUUUUACUAAAUGGUUAUGCAUACAUAGUAUUACAUGUUAUGUAACACAUGCAGAGAUAUAAUGUUAGCUUAUCAAUAGGCCCAGGAAAUAUAGAUGGGGUAUUGUGCCUAUAACUAAAUCCAAAACUCAAAUCAGUAUCUUUAUGUAGCCUCACACUGCUCAUUCUCAACAUCAACUAAAUCACAUUGUUUUCCAAUGUAUUCUGCUCUCAUAGUAAUUGCACAUUAAUAACAUCUUAUAGGAAAGACAUGUACAAAUAUGUACAUUCAUUUUAUUUAUUAAGGAAUACAUUAUUAAAGGAUGGGGUGCAAUUGAAAUUUUAGUGGUAGCAUAUGUUUGUCCUGAAUAUGGGAGCAAUACAAUUAAACAAAAACAUUUACUUUUGAAGAACUUCCAAUUGGCUGACCUUUUUUCUAAAGAUUUUGUCCACCAUACCUUUUUGUGGAGAAAUGUAUUUUGCACUAAAAGCUGCUUGAAUACUCAGCAAUGCAAUUAUUUUGUCUCAUGCAUGCAUUUAGCAUCCAUUAUCAAUGUUGUACUAUAAUAUUUACAACAUAUGGGAUUACAAAUGCCCUUGCUUUCUCUUCAAUAUAAAGUUAUGAAGACAAAACAGUAUACCUGCAUGUCCAAAGCACUAAAACAUUCAAGCGGUGGAAGGAUUUAAGUUCCAUGAUUACUGUAUAAUAAUUAUAGAAUGAGUGUGUCACAUUAGUCCAUUCCCAAAUAAGGACACAUACACCAGAGUAGCAGGCAGUAAACAUAUGAUCACAAUAUUCCAACUAAUGAAUUUGUUUAUUAUUAUAUGGAUUAUGUCAUCUGUCAGCUGUCACCUAUAUGAACAUUCCCUGAAAUGAGUAGCCUAGGUAUUGUAUGGAAAGUAAAUACAUGGUAAAGUCCUUAGUAAGCUUUUGUGUAAAUUGGCCUGAUUCACACAAACUAGGCGGAUAGAGUAACAUUAAUUAGUUGGUCUAGUUUUUCACUUAUGUUUUUGAUGCAUUUUCAGUGUUUGACACUUUCUACACCCCACUACAAAUAAUUGGAAUGUUUCUGCUCUGAAGUGAUUACAGAUACAAUGUAUAGAGUACAAUUGAUUUAGCUAAUUACCUUGCCUAUUUCAAGGAAU